GAAGUAGCACGGUUUUAUUUUGGCGGAUUUGUUCUGGAUAUGUGAGAAGAGAGCUGACUGAGAGAAAUUGCCAUCGUUUUAAAGAGAGAGAGAGAGGUGUCAAAAUAAUCUCGUUCUCCUGUGGAGUAUAUCUCAAGUAUAUUGUGAUAGUGAUGAAAUUCGGUGUAAUUCUGUAAAAGAAUAAGAAAUAUGGAUAGCAGAGGAUCAUUAUCAACCAAAUAUGACAUCGAUGAUCCUCGAUUUCGCAUACAUCCCAGCCAACAGAUGGUAUCAGCAUGUUCCGGGGCACUCUUAACCUCUCUCUUUAUGACCCCCCUGGAUGUUGUAAAGACACGUCUCCAAGCCCAACAGAAGCUCCUUCUUUCAAAUAAAUGCUUCCUGUACUGCAACGGCCUUAUGGAUCAUCUGUGUCCGUGUGGCACAAAUGGAAUCGCAAGCAAAACACCCCAUCUCAGUGGCACAAUUGAUGCCUUUGUGAAGAUAAGCAAUUCUGAAGGGGUUCGGGCAUUGUGGUCAGGAUUGAGUCCCACAUUAGUGCUUGCAGUUCCUACGACAGUGAUAUACUUCGUGGCUUAUGAACAAUUGAGAGUGAGGGCAAAAGAUAUGUACAUUCAAUAUAAAUCUAGCACCACAUCAACUCCGUGGUGGAUUGCUUUGGGUGCAGGAUCAGUAGCUAGAACAAUUGCAGCAACUAUUGUGAGCCCUCUCGAACUCGUGAGAACCAAGAUGCAGUCUCAAAAACUUAGCUACUUGGAAGUCGGUCAGGCAUUGAGAAGCAUGAUCAAUACUCAGGGUAUUCUGGGUCUCUGGACUGGACUGAGACCCACUCUGAUGCGUGAUGUCCCUUUCUCUGGCAUCUAUUGGACAUCAUACGAAAGUCUAAAAGCCAUAUGGAAUGUCACAGGCAGUCCAACUUUUACUUUCAGUUUUAUUGGAGGAGCAAUAUCAGGAAGUAUAGCUGCCAUAAUAACAACCCCUUUCGAUGUCGUGAAAACACAUAGACAAAUAGAAGUGGGCGAGAAAUUGAUUUAUACAGACGCUCCUAAGAAGUUACCAAAAAGCGAAAGCGUUUUUCCUGCGUUGGGAAAAAUAUACCAACUUCAUGGAAUUAGAGGUCUUUUUGCUGGCAUAAUACCGAGGCUUGUUAAAGUGGCACCAGCCUGUGCAAUUAUGCUGUCGUCCUUUGAAUAUGGAAAGGCGUUCUUUCACAAAUACAAUGUCAAUCAAUUCCAUAAGAAGACAUUAGAGUGAAUUGCAGAGGUUCUUGUUGAUUUGCCUAAUUGACCAUAUCCACACCGUGAUUGUUUAUAUAAUGUACUUUGAUUGUAGUGUGAGGAUAAGGUGAUAUAAAAAGGGAUUUUUAGAAGAAA